AUGCUUGCCGAAGGGCCCGAUAUUUCUAGCUACGCCACUGUUUCAGACAAGCGUAAAAAAUCUGAAAAACUUUUCGUGUGCAUUCUGUUGGUGAGGCAGGAAUCGAAAUUAAGAAGUCAGUGCUCAGUGAAUUUAUCCACUUAUGAACUGUUGAUCAUAUACGCAUUAAUUCUUGACGCCGAUAAGGCCUUCAUUGGUUUACUCCUAAACCCUACCCGUUUUGCAGCAGUGGAAUUUACUUCUCCAUUAGCGUUUCAUCCGGUUACGUUUGCCAUCAAAGCUCCAGAAAAAAUUCCAAAUUGGAUUUCCAUAAUAAAACCCUUCGGUUUGCAUAUGUGGAUCGCGAUUCUCUCAACCACAUUAAUAUUUGGAUUAGUAUUGCAUAAAGUGAUCGAAAGAGAUUUCCUGCCUGACGAAGUGAAAAUAUUUUGGCCACGAAGCCGUGUGUUCUGGAAUUUAUUUUGCACGCUUGUUUACCAAGGAAUUAAACUGGAUAACGUGAAAAGAUUCAAAUCCAGGCUGCUGGUGUCAAUAUGGUGGCUAUCAGUUGUAGUGUUGAUAAGUAGUUACAGUGGAACUUUAAUGUCUUUCAUGUCGUGUCCUAUAACCGAGUCUGUUCCAAAAACUUUUGACGAACUAGCCAUUGCUGUCAAAAAUGGUGAAUAUUCUUGUGGUGUUACAGAAAAAUCAGCUAUAUGGAGUUACAUUAUGAGUUCCAACAAGAAAAGAGAUAAAAUUUUCAAAGAUCACAUCCUACGUAACAACCAUUUCUUGUCUUUAUCGAUUGCAAGCGAAAAAGUUAAGAAAGAACGUUUUGCUCUGAUAACGAAUGUAUAUCGAACAAAUAAACUGAUACAGAAAGAUCCACACGCAUAUAUAAUUUCUGAAGAUGUUUUCAUCACAUAUGUUCAGUCUUAUGCUGUAAGAAAGGGAUUUCCCUUUAAGAAAGAAUUAAGUAAGACUGUAACACGUUUAUUUGAAGCUGGAAUUAUCGAGAAAAAAGAUUAUUCGGAAACAUCAAAGUUACUGAAGUUUUCAGAAUUUCCAAGUAUUACAAUUAGCCGACAUCAUUAG